AUGAAAAGCAACUCUACACUUUUGAAGCCUUCCAAAGACGAAAAAGCGCUUAUAAAGUUCUUAAAGCCUCAAAUCAAGAUCAAGAUUUUGGCAGCUGCACACAGAAACUCUGCCAAUGGCACCAAUCAUAAUAAACCGAAAAUGUCUAAGGAAUUAUAUGCAAUAAACGACCUCGAAAGUUCAAACAUGACAGUUUCGUACAUUUACGACAUAGCAACAGCAACAUUUUGGCAACAGUGGAGAGUGUUGUUCUACUGGAAAGGAAGCUUGUGGAAAGCAGUAUAUCUUGAGAUUAGUGCAUGGAUAAUCAUUUAUGCCCUUUUAUCCAUAAUCUAUCGUUGUUGCUUAUCUGACCCUCAGAAGGAAACGUUUGAGCUGGUGGUGGAAAUGCUAGAUAAACUAAAUGAUCGUAUUCCCUUAACAUUCAUGCUUGGAUUCUAUGUUACAAACGUUGCAAGUCGUUGGUGGACAAUUAUUAUGAACAUUGGUUUCACUGAUAAUUUGAUUAUGCUUGCUGGCAGCUAUAUUAGCGAGGCAGACGAACGUGCCCGAGCAGUAAAAACGGCAAUUUUGCGUUACAUAUGUUUGGUACAAGUUCUAGUCUACCGAAAAUGUUCUGUUACAGUAGCUAAACGAUAUCGAGAUAUCAAAAGUCUAGUUGCUGCUGGCUACUUAGAAGCAUCAGAAGUUGGACAUAUCAACGAUGAGGUAUUUUGGAUUCCGUUGAACUGGGCAAUGUCGCUGGUAGCAGAAGCGCGUAAUCGUGGACUGAUUGCUUCUGAUCAUGCUGUGCAACAGAUUUAUGAUGUAUUAUUGGAAUUCUACAACUCUCAACAAACUCUCUUGGUGUAUAACUGGAUCCCGGUACCACUCGGCUAUACACAGGUGGCAUUUCUCACUGUGCGAUGCUAUUUUCUUGUCGCAGUAAUCGGUCGGCAAUAUGUUUGGAAUACACGUGAGUCUUCAAGAAUUCUCUCUCAAAAAGUCUCAUCUGCUUCAGCAGCAGGGCUACUUGCCAAACAAAUUGAAAAUAGGAGCAGCCAAAUUAUAGCACUGUCUGAAGCUACUAUUGAAAAAAUCGAUCUUUAUGUGCCUUUUGAAACCAUCUUUCAAAUGGUUCUAUAUAUUGGGUGGCUUACGGUAGCAGAAGCGAUGCUAUGCCCUCUCGGCGACGAUGACGAUGACUUUGAUGGAGAAUGGUGGAUAAAUCGAAAUUUUGCGAAAGCGUUAGAAAUCUUGUCAGAAUCGUACCAAAAAGCACCGCCAUUGUGUAGUUCAGAAAAUGAAAAAAGCGAAGGUAAAAGUACGAUGAUUGAGAGUGCUAAACCUUCGGAAGCUGAGUCCUCUCAUUCCUCAACUGGCUGA